UCACAGAAGUGCAAGUGCAAUCAAAUCAAAACAUCUCCGAUUUGUUAAUGAUAAAACUGAUGUCGUUUUAGUUGUAUGUAAUUUGGUUUUCAUUUCAUUAUCAUCUUUUCAUAACAAAAAAUAACAUAAACAAGUCCCGUGAUGAACAGUACGUGCCGGAUUUGUUUGCAGAAAAGUACUGUUUUGAUAUCUGUUUUUGCUCGGCUAGAAGCAAAGUCGCUCGUUGCUCACAUUAUAACCGAGUGCACAUCAGUGCAGGUCGAUGAAAAUGAUGAUUUACCAAAAAAUAUAUGCCAACAGUGUGCAACAGAGCUGCAACAUGUUUCAGAAUUUAUUAAAAAGGCAAGACAAUCGGAUCAAAUAUUACGUGACCAGAAGCAAUGCGUGAAAUCCUCAGAUAUUCAAGACGUUUGCUAUAUUGAUCCUGAUAAUACUUUCGUUGAAACCCAUACCGAUCUAAAUGGGUUUGUUUCUGAUGAUCCGAAUGAGAAUGCUUUGAAGCUCGCCAAAGCAGAGGAGAUUGAUUGCAAAAAAAGAAAUCAAUCGAUUCAAGAGCAACGUGUUCCGUUGGAUGAGAUGAACAUUUUUGAAGAGAUAAUUUUGGAACCCGAAAAAUGGAUUUGCUGUGCUUGUUGGGCGCAGUUCAAUUGUCAAAAAACCCUUAAAAGCCAUUGCGACGAGAAUCAUAAAAAGGAUUUCGCUGACAAGACGAGUAAAAAGUUUUCUUGUCAAUUUUGCUACCGGAGCUUUUCUUCAGCAGUGGCAGCAAGUGCUCAUACGCGCAAAAUUGCUGCCAUCACCCUUCUAUACGAAUGUAAAGUAUGCGGCCUAAGAAUUGUAGAACAGUUGAAAUGCAUUCAACACUCAAAACUACACGCCAAAAAAGCAAAAUGCAGAAAGAAAAAUACACCAAGUUUACAAGAUUUGUAUAAACGAUUCGGCAGACUUUGCUGUGCACUGGGUUGUUCCGAAAUAUUCGAAACAGAAGAUCAGCUUCUCAACCAUUCUCAUUCUGUCCAUAAAUCGAACAAAAUCGAGGGGAUUCUGACGUACAACGAAGGUAAGCCGAUAGAAUGUCCCAUUUGUUUCAAGCGAUUCAAGCAGGACCAAAGCCUGGAGAGACAUCUACGGUUCAAGUACAACGAAACAUCGAACGUCUGUACGCUUUGCGGUGCCAGGUUCCCCACUUUGACGUCGCUAACCAUUCACGAGCGGAGUCACACCAAGGAGAAACCUUUCGCUUGUGAGAUUUGCUCGAGGGGAUUCGGAGAUAAGCAGAGCUUGAAGCGUCAUUACGUUAAACAUACGGAUGACAAGCCAUUCAUGUGUUCGGUUUGCGGAGUUUCGUUCAAGCGAAAACGGGCCAUGCAGUCGCAUAUGAUCAUCCAUGCUCCCGGUCAGCUUCCAUUCAAAUGCGAGGUCUGUGAGAAGCGGUUCCGCGUGAAGGCAAAGCUACUGUAUCACAUGCGGACACACACCGGCGAGAAGCCUUACAACUGUCGAUAUUGUGCAAAAACUUUCGCCGAUUUUUCCAACCGGAUGAGGCAUGAACAGUCGCAUACUGGAGAAAAGCCUUACAAAUGUUCGUACUGUCCGAUGGGUUUCAUCACCAGACGAUUUAUGCUUCAACAUGAAAAGAAUCACAACAAACGUACUGGGGUAGAGAGUGGAGGUAAAGUAGUUAACCAAUGAUUGUAGAUUAACGAGAGCCAAGGUUUAUGAUAAUUUAUUGUAAUCAAGGAGUGUAAAUAAAACAAGCAAAAAAACAGAUUAGUCCAUCUAGCAGUGAUGGAGCCUUUCUCGUUUGUUAUAAAAAUAGUAUUUUGGCCAUAACUUCUAAGCCCAUCUAAGUCCGAUCUGGUUAUUUUUUAAUAAGAAACAAUGGGAAAGUAUUCUGCGUCGAAUGCAACUUGUUGCGAGCAAAUCGGUUAAGAAUAAGUGCCUGAAUAAUGAGUGAAU